UACGUACUUAGUUAGUAGUUUGAAUCUUUAAAGAAUCUGUUUAUUUAUUUAUUUAUUUUUAAAUGGACGACAAAAAGCAGCAAGCUAAACGAUUUUUUGUCAACGACGUCGACGGAUAUUCUUCAAAGCACAUUGCGAAGUUUUUGUCAGCAUGUGAAGCUGGAGAUCCGUCUGAGGGUGGAGACACGGAGGAGACGUUGUCCUCCCCCGGAGAAGAAACCGCUUUUCACGUCGUAGGAACCGUUUCCUCAUCCUCUGACGAGUUUCACUUUCUACACGAACAGUAUGAGUCCCCACCCAGAGAGGAGCUUUUGAGGCACCUGCUGGACUGUGAUGUGGUGGUGUACAACAUCUCAGAAAGGUCAACACAGCAGCAGGUUGAUGAAGCAACGUGGGCAAUAACAGCACUUCAUGCCAAAAUGGAGCAAUUUAAAUCCAGGAAAAUGUUCAUCUUAGUGUCCACGGUGAUGACGUGGGCCUUGACCAAACCUCAAGAACCAGACAACGCAGAAGCCAUUUUCUCAGAGGAAGAGUUCAGAAGUAGAAGGCCUCAUCCAAGUUUCAGGAACCACAAUGAUCUGGAAAAACGUGUGCUCAAACUGACCAAAGGGAAAAAGUCUAAGCUCACUGGUUACGUUGUAGCAGCAGGACUUCAGUAUGGAAUGGAGGAGAACCUUUUCCACUACUUUUUUAAGAUAUCUUGGUUGCUGAACGUUCCAAAGGUUCCUAUAUUUGGAGAUGGCACCAAUUAUGUUCCUAUGAUUCACGUUUAUGAUCUUGGAGGAGUGAUUCAAAACAUCAUUGAAAUGAGACCAAAGUCAAAAUACAUCCUUGCUGUUGAUGAUUCCAAAAACACUUUGGAAGAUAUUGUCAAGAGGAUAAGUGGCGUUCUGGGACCAGAAAAGGUCCACAAGAUGUCGCUGCAGGAUGCAAUAACCAUGGAGGCUUUUAAGCCGGGGGAAUUGGAUUGUCUCCGUAUCAACCUCCGCCUGGAUGCAGUAGUUGUGAACGACACAUUUAACCUUAACUGGACGUGCCGGUCUGGGAUGGUGGAGAAAAUGGAGAACAUAGUGCAGGAAUACAAAGACGCCAGGCAGCUUUUUCCAGUUAAAAUAUGCCUUCUUGGACCUCCAGCUGUGGGGAAAUCCACUGUGUCUGAGAAGCUCUGCCAGCAUUACAAAAUACAUCACAUCCACGUUAGAGGAAUCAUCGAGGAGAAAAUGACACAUCUGACGAAGAUAAUAAAUGGAGUUGAUCCUGAAAUUGAUAGGGAAGAAGUAGCAGCUGCACAGAAAAUGAUGGAAAACAUUAACGAAAGCUUGGAAAAGAAUCAUGGCCGACUGGCUGAACACCAGAUCUUUGACAUUUUGCAAGAAAAACUGAACUCUAAACCAUGUAGGAAUCACGGGUUUGUACUUGACGGCUUCCCUAAGACUUAUGAGCAAGCAAGGAUGAUUUUCUCUGAUAAGGAACCAGAGAACAAGGAUACAGAGUUGAUGUCUUUAGUCCCCUGGUACAACAAAACCAUCACUCCAGAGUACGUGUUUGCUCUCGAUGCCUCUGAUGAUUUCCUGACCAGUCGAGUGCAAAGGCUACCGGAGAGGGUCGCAGAGGAUGAAUUUGUACCCCGACUGGAGAGAUACAGACAACUCAGCCAAGCUGAGGAAACACUGUUGGACUUUUUUGAUCACCGUGAGAUUCAUCCAGAACACAUAGAUGUCAGUACAGAUGAUUCAGAGUGCGCAGAUGUUAUGAAGAAGGUAAUAGAGAUUGUAGGGGUUCCUAAGAACUACGGCCCGAGUCCAGAGGAGCAGGAGGAGGAGAACCAAAGGAGAGAAGAUGAGAGGAGGCAGAAACUGGCUGCAGAGGCUGUCGAGAGGAAACGCAGGAAAGCAGCUGCGCUGGCUGAGAUGUCAGCUCAGUACGAAGAGUGGCAGAAGAAUCUGUCGGAGGUGAGGCGACAGGAGAGCGAGCUGCUGGAAGCUCAGGCUCUUCCUCUGAGAAACUACCUGAUGAAGCACGUGAUGCCUUCACUGAACGAGGCCAUGUCAGAGUGCUGCAAAAUCAAACCCGAAGACCCCGUGGACUUCCUGGCUGAACAUCUUUUACACAACAACCAACAAAAAUAA